AUGGCUACAAUCGGGGAGGCGGAAAAUGCGGCGGCAGCAGGACUGCCACGACCAGCUGAUGAAGACCGCCCAGCGCCAGAGAACAACGAAGAUGCAUCCCUCAAAAGAAAAGCUGAAGACGAGAGACCCGAGGAUGAUUCUACAAAGCGCGCGAAGCACGAUAACGACGACCAUGACAAUGUCACAGCUUCGAAACGGCCAUCAUUGCCUGGCCAUGACCGCGACGACGGCGAGCAAGUCACAUCAGCCACAGCCCAAGACCGACGCAAACUGGUGAUGCAGGAGGAAAAGAAGCGGGGGAAGCGGUUGUUUGGCGGCUUGAUGAGUACCUUGAGCCAGACAUCUAACACGUCUCAGCAGCAGAAGCGCCGCCAGGAAAUUGAGCGCCGCCAGCAAGAACGGAUGCAGAAGCAGAGAGUUGAAGAUGAUCAGAAGAGAAGCGAGAAGCUGGAGAAGCUGUACCAGAUCCGCAUGGCGGAACAGAUUGUGUUUGACGAAGAAGUGAUGAAGAACAAGCACGAGAAACGCUUAGCUAUGGCGAGAUUCCUACGGACUAGGUCGGAACCCGCGAUUUUCUAUCUACCAUGGAAAGUCACGUCGGAUCAAAGAGAUACCAUCGACGAUCAGAUCCAGAGGGCGAAAGCCUCAAUAGAGAAGGAAGUUGAGCAAUUCAAGGCUCGGAAACAGCGGCAUAUUGAGCGGUAUGGUCCCCCAACGAGGCAAAGAAGCGUGACCCCUGAUGAACCUGCUGCUGCUGCUCCUGCUACUGCUACGGGAGCGCCCGAACGCGAGAGCCCUGUCCGGAGCCCGCAUCACAGUGUCGACAAGUCUCAUCUACAAGAGCGAAGAGUGUCUCAAGACAUACACAAGGGGCAUCACGACGAAUCUGGUGAUGACCUCGAGGAGGCUGAGGAGGACAUGGUGAUUUACUGA